UUAACUUGUUGAAUGUGUCAUUUCUGAGUUCUGUUUGAAAUUAUUUGAUUUUUCACUGAUGAUUAAUGGUGAUACAGUCUGUAAUUAUCAUGUAUUCAGAAGAGUAAGCCGGGGAUUCGUUAUAACCACAGAAUUUCGUCAUUCUAAAUUUUCUUGAUGAAAUAAGAAAUGGCAGGUGACAAAGGAAUAUUUUCAAAGAAGCAUCCAAAUCCUGGAGAUGAUAAAACAAAAGACAUUAUUACAGUUAGGUCAAACCAGAGAAGCAGGAUAUCAAAGGUUGAUAUCAUCACUGUUCAUAGUAAUGAUGUGAGGUCAGUGACAGCAAGACAUCCAGUUGGUGUUGUUGUAGCAGAAAGGAAGGCGCCAUCGAGUGAAGGGACAUCGCUGAUUGAUCCCAAACCUGUAUUUGUCCCUGGAUGUCCACUUCCUCAGGUCUUACCGCGUGAGACUCUGACAGAGAAGAAAGAAACUCCUCAAUAUAGGGUACUAACUAAGAAGAAAAAGGAAAGUCUUGCCUCUAGGAUGAAAGAGCCCAGACAUUACAAACCAGAAACCAGAAAUAGCAAACCAGUGGCUAAGAAUCCAGAACCCAAAAGCUACAAUCCAGAAGAUAGGAAUCAAGAAUCUAUACAGCACAGACCAGUGGUUAGGAACCUGGAAUACAUGCAUUAUAGAACAGAAGUGAAUAAUUCGGAAAAUGAACAUUACAGACCAGAGGUUCAAAAUCUAGAAACUGGAGAUUACAAUCCAGAAGCUUAUACUGGUAGUGAUUGUCAGAAGUUGAAGAAACUUUCCAAGGCUGUGACUUUUAGAACAGACCAUCAAGGCGGGGCUGCAAAGAUUUACAACCCCAAAGAUUACGAAGAAAAUUCUUGUUAUUUAGAAAGCCCAAGACAUGGUAACUUAGUAGAACAGUUGUCUAGGAAGCCAGUAAAGGAUGAUACACAGAGACCAAAUGUGACAAGCUUUGUUGGUCCCCCUCGGUAUGUUGUAAUGUCAAGAGGAGUUGAGAGACCUGAUGCACAUGAUGUUGGCUUUCGGCUGGCAGAACAAUUUCUUAAUGAAGAUGAUAUGUCAUUAAGUCCUGAAGAUGUGAUUUCUUGUGGGGAAAGGAGUGACACCUUCGACAAUAGUGAGCACUCUGAAAAUAGCAAUAAUGAAAUGGGUUGCCCUUUUGCCAGUCACCAGAUACGUGAAACCUUAAAUUUCCCAGUAAAUGUAAUAAACAGUAACUCAUUAACUACUGACUCAGAUCUUAUUUCAUAUGAAGAAAAUCAAGGUAGCUCUUCAAGAGAGAAUAUGGGGCAAUUUCACACUGCAGCCAGCCUCUCAAAAGUACAGCAGGUGAGACAGGGUAGCCUACGUAUUCGGCAAAAGCCCCACAUGAAUUCAGGUGUUAGGCACCCUGUAAAAAAGAAAAAUGGGACAGACUUUGAAAAUCAAAUGCAGAGUAUGAACACUGAUAGCAAAAAGAGUGAUAAUCAAAGUGUAACAAGUGAAAAGGACAGUUCAUCGAGUUCAAGAGCCAGUGCCGUCCCAAGGACAACAGAAUCCUGUGCUUCAUCACCAGAGAGAAAAAGGUAAGUUUGG